AUCUCCAGUUGUUUUCACACUACCCGCUCUUCACGUGGGUAUAGUGAAAGUGUAUACUGUAGUAUGUGUGUAUAGUUUAUAAUAUUAUAUAAGAUCAUGGACAUCAUACACUCUUGUUUUAAGGCUCAGAUAGGUGAGGUGGUUUUACCUGGAGAUGUCUUCCGGUUUAAUGUUUCCUCUGUAGAGGACGACAGCAGCGUUAAAGCUGAAAAGAUCAUCUGUGGACCGGGACUGCGCCGAAACGGAGACGAGAUCCAGGUGUAUAAAAGCGGCAUCCUCCGCCAUAAACAGCCCAAUCUGUACUGGAUAGACUCCCAGCAGAAACGCUACGUUCCAGUUAAAGGCGAGAGCGUGAUUGGCAUAGUGACGGCGAAGACUGGGGACAUCUUUAAAGUGGAUGUGGGAAGCAGUGAACAGGCCUCAUUGUCCUACUUAGCCUUCGAAGGUGCGACUAAAAGGAACAGACCAAAUGUGCAGGUGGGGGAUCUGGUGUACGCUCAGUUCAUCAUCGCAAACAAAGACAUGGAGCCAGAGCUGGUGUGUAUAGACAGCUGUGGCCGGGCAAAUGGGAUGGGAGUGUUUGGAGCAGACGGGCUUCUCUUCAAGGUGUCUUUGGGAUUAGUGCGCAGGCUCCUCUCACCUCAGAGUGAGAUAGUGAAGGAUCUUGAGAAGAUCUUCCCCUUCGAGAUGGUGGUGGGUUUAAACGGCAGGGUGUGGAUAAAGGCUAAGACCAUUCAGCAGACACUGAUCGUGGCCAAUCUUCUGGAGAGCUGUGAGAACAUGACAGCGCAGCAGAGACAGGCUCUGUUCAAGAGGGUGGCAGACGGCGCCCUCUAGUUCACGUACUGGUGUAGUGCUGGUUUCCAUGGCAAUUCCUCAUGGACCCAGCACAGGCCAAACAUGUCUUACAGCACUGCACGUGAUUCAUGGCUGUUCUGAGGAUUGAAUUUGAACUUUUAGUCAAAUGAAUGAAUAAUAUUUGGAAAGUACUGUGAGAGUGUACAAUAUACAGUACAAGUAGGACUCCGGAUGGACUGCAUUUCUAUACCGUUUAUGGUUUGAGCAGCUCACAGUCAUUAUUUCUGUAUUAAAAGAUGUUUUUUAUCUACUAGUGCCUUGAUUCACUUUUAUCUGUAUAAAUAAAUACAUUUUGUUUGAUGAAA